AUGGAGGACAAAGACAUUGAAAUACAGGGGAGUAAGAUACCAGGGAGAUGGUGGAAACCAGUGAAAGUUAGUUCCUUUGAAAGAGUCAUCCUCCUGGGCUUUUCAGACCAAUCCCCCCACCUUGAAGCUGCACUCUUCGUGUUUGUACUCUUCUUCUACCUCCUAACUCUGUUGGGCAAUACGGCCAUCAUGGUGGUAUCCCGGCUGGACCUUCGUCUCCACACACCCAUGUACUUCCUUCUCAGCCAGCUUUCCUUCCUGGACCUCUGCUUCUCCACCAGCCUGGCCCCUCAGACUCUCGUGAACCUGCGGAGGCCCAAAAAGACCAUCACCUUUGGGGGCUGUGUGGUCCAGCUCUAUGUCUCACUGGCCUUAGGCUCCACAGAGUGCGUUCUCCUGGCAUUGAUGGCUCUGGACCGCUAUGCAGCCAUCUGCCAGCCUCUGCCCUAUGCAAUGCUCAUGCACCCUAGUCUCUGCCGGCGGCUGGCAGCCAUAUCCUGGCUGAGUGGGGUGGCCAACUCACUAGUUCAUUCCACGUUCACACUGCAGCUGCCUCGUUGUGGCAACCGCCACUUGGACCACUUCAUCUGUGAGGUUCCAGCCCUCAUCUAGCUCGCCUGUGCUGAUACUACCAUCAGUGAACUUGUCCUCUUCACCCUUAGUAUCCUUGUGGGCCUCGUCUCUCCAGCCUUCAUCCUGGUUUCCUGCUUCAUCGUCCAGGCCGGGCUGAGGAUUGGCUCCCCCGAGGGCCGAACAAAGGCCAUCAGCACCUGCUCCUCUCACCUCUUGGUUGUGAUCAUCUUCUAUGGGACCAUAAUCUUUAUGUACCUCCAGCCUGGUGGCAAUUACUCACAAGACCACGGCAAAUUUGUCUCCUUCUUCUACACCAUGGUCGCUCCAACCCUCAACCUCAUAAUCUACACCCUGAGAAGCCAGGAGGUGAAGGGAGCACUGAAGAAGCUGGUCCUGGGGGGGCUUUUCCUUGGGGAGGACAAAACCAAAUGGGAGUUCCCCAUGAAGGAGACUCCUACCUGCUACAAUACAGAGUGCAGUCCUCCUGCUCAGAAAGUCCAGCGACCUCCUAAUAUAAAGUUUGCAGAGACCAGGUCCCUUUCCUACUCCUUAGAUAGUUCUGUUAAGAUGGAUGACAUUUGA